AUGGUUUACCCAAUCGAAGACCGCGGACAGGCCGCCUUCUUCCUAGGCGUACAAAUCAGUCGAACAACUAAGGGUAUUACCCUUAGCCAAAAAGGGUAUAUUGAGGAAGCCCUAUCCCGAUUUGGGUUAAAGGAGUCCAAGGCAGUAGCAAUACCGCUACAGCCAGGAGUACUUAAGCAGGCUACUACAACGCCUCUUACUCCCUUGUCCGCAACCGACCAACUGGUAUACCAACAGAUAGUAGGGACUCUAAUGUACCUUAUGCUACUGACCCGACCAGAUAUAGCCUUUGCAAUCCAAUGGCUAUCCCGGUAUAUGCAUCAGGCUACUAGUCUGCAGCUAUCAGCCGGCAAGAACCUCCUUCGAUAUCUAAAAGGAACUACAGACCUAGCUAUAUGCUAUUGGUCUAAGUCAACAACACCCAAUCUAUUAGGAUAUUCCGACAGCGACUUUGCAGGUGACUUGGAUUCUUCUAAGUCUACCUAUGGGUACCUCUUUACUCUAGCCGGUGGACCAAUCUGCUGGAAAUCAAAAAGGGCUAGUACUAUUGCUCUUUCUACUGUAGAGGCAGAAUCGGAUGCCCUACUGGAAGCAAUUCGGGAACUUAAAUGGCUAGACGGUCUAUUUACAGAAAUCGACAAAGGCCUUAAAAAACCCAUCCUACUUUUGUGCGAUAACAACGGAUCUAUCUCUAAUGCCAACAAUCCCAAUCAGCAUAACCGAACAAAGCAUACACUGCUAAAGUUUCGGUAUAUUCGGCAAGAAGCAACCAAUGGACUAGCUAAAAUCAGUUACCUGAACACUAAGUCUAUGCCUGCCGAUGGUCUUACUAAGGCCCUUACCGCUGAUCUCUUCCAACGCUACCUUGGCCUACUAGGUCUCCAAGGGAUCCCUAUUUAG